AUGACUUCCCAACCAUCAGAAUUAGUUCAAGAUUCGUUUUCUCCUGCCAUCGGUCCCAACUCCGGAGGCUCUCCCCAACAUGAGACGAGAUACUUCUCGUCCAAAAGGGCUCGCGAAAUUCAAGCAGAAGAAGGCAUUACUUCGCCCUAUCGCUCUUCUGCGCUUCCCCCACCAUCGUUUUCGACUAACGGAGCUUUUAAUAGCGGCACGCUCUUGUCAGAUUCGAAUUCCGGCUCGACCAUGGAUUUUUUAAAGCCAGUUGGAAGCAAAACUGUUGCCAAUUCAAACGGGAGUGCCCAGGGUCAUUUGUCGCCGUUUCCUGCUCCUCUGCGUCGCGCUCGUGCUGAUACUUUGCCAACGUCUCUGUCAGGUAGCAGACCGCCGUUCAAUCUUGGUCAUCAUCCAUCUUCUUCUCUGUCUAUGUCAACAUUGGGGGCUUCUUCUUCUUCCUCCACGUCAAAUUUACUUUCACCGCCAAAGACUUCUCGAAUUCGUUCUGGAUCAUUGACGCUUCCAUCCUCGUCACUCUCUACUGCGUUUGGUCCGUCUAUUUUUAAUUCCGUGUGGUCUGACCAUCCUAAUGAUGCCAGUGGUCCGACUACACCGACAAUGCCAACUCCGACAACUGGUGAAUUACUCCAUGGCGACGAGAAUAAUACUGUCGGAAAAACUUUAGAUUACUUGGGUCUAGAUGUUCACGAUAAUAGUAGCCUUCCUAAAAUGUCUACUAGCUCUGGUGCUUUACCCCAGAUUAAAGUGGACAUGAAGGCACCUACCAAUACUACUUAUGGUUCCGGCCCAAGUAUCGCGACUAUUCCAUCGCUACGUCGUGAUGCGAAUCGUAUUAGGUCUUUUUCUGUAUCUGCUGCUCCUAAAUACGACGAUCAAUUACAAACCAGCGCUAUGACUAGUGCAAACUUAUUUCCUCCGGGUAAUGCAGCUGUCCAGCAGUUUCAUCAGGCGCAUUCCCGCCCUCGAGCUAUCAGUUUAAGCAUGCUUGACACCCCCAACGAAGUUGUGAUGAUGCGUAACAAGCAAAACUCAAUGUACGCUGAUUUAUCUGACCAAUCUUCACAGCAAGUGGGAUCUACGCCGUCAACGAGGUCGCUUGGUGGAGAGCAAUUGAUAGGAAUGAUGGUGAGUGGGAUGAUGGAAGGCAAAAAGAAGCAACAGCAACAAUCUCAUGAAGAUGAUUACCUUUUGGACCAUAACGAAAUAGAGAUGACCCAAUCUGGUUUGUCAAGUCCAGGUCCACACACUUCUGAAUGCGCUCAAAACGCGCCACCGCCGCAGACACCCACUAGAUCCCUUUGGAUCGGUAACAUUGAUCCAACUCUCACCAACGAAGAUUUGAUGCGUUUAUUUUCUCCAUAUGGUUCGAUCGAGAGUUUAAGACUGCUGCCUGACAAGGAAUGUGGAUUCAUCAAUUUCCAUCGUGUCGACGAUGCCGUUCGCGCUAAAGAUGAUAUUAUGGAUAGAAUGGGUGGCAGAGUAGGAAGUUGCAUUGUUCGCAUUGGCUUUGGUAAAGCCGAUGCAGCAUUCAACUCUCAUGAUCUUUCUCCAUCCUCACAGACUCAAUCACAACCGACGCGUGCAUUAUGGGUUGGCAAUAUUCCAACAUCUACUACUCCACAAGCGUUGCAGAACAUAUUUGCGCCAUAUGGCCCAAUUGAGUCUGCUAGAGUGUUGACACAUAAAAACUGCGGGUUUGUUAAUUUUGAGAGAUUGGAUGAUGCUGUGAAAGCUAAAAGAGCUUUACAUGGUAAAGAAGUCUUGGGUAGCGCAGUUGGUCCAGUCAGGAUUGGAUACGCAAAGGUGCAGCCUAAACCAUCGCCAAUAGCUACUCCUGAACCAGAUUCUCCCGCUACCAGGCAUAUUCGCAACCUGUCUACAUCGUCAUCAUCAUCUAAUAAUCAGUCUAAUGGCCAAUGGCCCACUCAGAACGACAAUUACGCUGGUAAUGUUGUACUUUCCAUGGUCAUGGGAACAGCCGGUGGAUUGACCGAGAAACAGUUGAUGAUGCGUGAAUUGAGUGGUGGAUCCGAUGAAGAUAUAGACGAUUCAAUCGACAACCGCACACCCGUUAAUUAUUUCACAAGCAUCCCACCCGUUGCCGAUCCAAACCCAAGUCGAAAGCCAGACGCUUCUAGAUUAAGAGAAAUACGUAAGCGUCUCGAUAGUGGUCAUUGUUCUGCUAAAGAAGUUGAGUCUAUCGCUGUCGAAGUUAUGGAUGAGUGUGUAGAAUUAUCAAGCGAUUACAUUGGGAAUACUGUGAUUCAAAAGUUAUUCGAACGAUGCACCGAGAACACUAAAUUGAAAAUGUUGGAAAAGAUAGCGCCUCACAUGGCUACAAUUGGUAUUCACAAGAACGGUACCUGGGCCGCUCAAAAAAUUAUUGAUUGCGCAAAGCACCCUUCACAGAUGCAUCUCAUUACUUCUAAUGUUAGACCAUAUACACCACCGCUACUGCUCGAUCAAUUUGGAAAUUAUGUCGUGCAAUGCUGUCUGCGCCUUGGGCCAACCAGAAACCAAUUUAUAUUCGACGCAAUGGUAGACAGAUGCUGGGAGAUUGCUCAGGGUCGCUUUGGAGCACGAGCCAUGAGAGCAUGCUUGGAAAGCCAGCAUGUAACUAAAAAACAACAGAAACAAGUUGCAAUUGCAAUAGUGAUGAAUGCCGUUUCACUCUCUACAAACCCGAAUGGGGCGUUGUUACUUACAUGGCUAUUAGACACGUCCCAGUUUCCUGGUCGAUAUCGCAUCCUAUCACCUAAACUGGCUCCCCAUUUGGCACAUCUUUGCACUCAUAAAUUAGCUUCACUCACAGUGCUCAAGAUCAUCAACCAACGGCACGAAACUGACGCGAGAGAUUUAACCAUUUCAAACUUGUUCUUUUCCACGAAUGAUCAAGUAUUGGAGGAGGUGCUCAGUGACCAGGUACAUGGUGUUGGUGUAGUCCAGAAAGUACUAGCCAGUCCAUAUGUUGAACAAGCUGAAAAACAAAGAUUGGCCGAGAAGGUCAAACUUGUCCUUGGAAAAUUGAAGGUCCAGCAAGUUCAAGGAUACAAACGUCUUUUGGAAGAACUUGGUAUGGUUAGCGACCCGUCACUUAACGGUACCUCAAUGAGCUCGGUUCAGAAUUCGGUAGGAAUGCCUCCGCCGAAUGUCUUUCCACCGGAUCUCGCUGCCGCCGCUGCUUAUUACGCCGCUGCUGCCCAUUUCGCCGGCCAACAAUUACAGCAGGCAGCAACAAGCACCCCUACUUCUGAGAAUCCGUCGUCACCCCAACACGAGCAAUUAUCACCAUCUGCGAGUGCUCUGCCACUAUCGAGCGAAGCAUCCACACCAUCUGCUGGCCCUUCAGUAUCCAGUCCGUUGAAUACACCAAGCACAUCAUUUCCACCUGCGCCACCAAUGUUCAUGAAUACAAUGCCCAUGACUGCACAUCCUCACUCGGGCUUUCCUCCAACCGGACCAUAUCCUCACAUGGGUUCUUUCACACCGUUCGUUCAUCCGUCAACGUUGGCAGCGGUUGCGGCUGGAAUGUAUGGACAUCCGGCUAUGUUUAAUGCAGCAGCUUACCCAUAUAUGCUAGCCGCGAGUGGUGCUAUUCCACCACCGAUGUUGAAUACAACUCCUCCGCCUCCUGUUAAUAUUUCAUCCAGCGGCAAUGAUGCGCAGGCGCAGUCUUCUCCGGAGACGGCGAUGGUUAAUGCCUCUCCACCACCUUUAUCUCGAAGUUCCGAUGGGCAAGUUCAGCAGGAAUAA